GCUGUGUGUAAGCCUCACACCACUUGACAUACUGUAACGCUCUGGGUGGGUCUGUGGAACUUUGCUCUGUUCCAAAGCUGCUUAUGCUACCGUGGUGUUGUGUGUGUGUGUGUGUGGGGAGAGGGAGAGGGAGCGAGACAGUCCACACAGCUACAUCUACAGGAAGCACCAGCACUAGUUACAAAGUUUGAAAGCUGUUGACUCUGCCAUCUCUUGGAUCCCUCCGAGUUGAAAACCUACUGCACACAAUGCCGUCUUUUGAUGAGGUUUUAAAAGAAGCUGGGGAAUUUGGAAGGUACCAAAAGAGGGUCUUUUUCCUCCUUUGCCAGACAGGCAUAACUUUUUCUUUUCUAUUUGUGGGAGUGGUCUUUCUUGGGCACGCACCAGAGCACUAUUGGUGCAGGAUCCCUGGUGCAGCUGAAUUAAGUGAGAGAUGUGGUUGGACCCUUGAAGAGGAACAAAAUUAUACUGUGCCAGCUCCGAACCUGGUGAACAGGUUUUCCAGUGGCCAGUGUGAGAGGUUUGACAUAGAGUGGAAUAACACCUCUGUGAGCUGUGCCAACCCACUGUCCCACUUUACUAAUCGCAGCCUGGGCAACGUGGCGCUUACUCCAUGCCAGGAUGGCUGGGUAUAUAAACAAUCCCACUCAACGAUCAUCAGUGAGUAUAAUCUUGUGUGUGCCAAUGCCUGGAUGCUAGAUCUAACACAAGCUGUUCUCAAUCUGGGGUUUCUGACAGGAGCAUUCACUCUAGGCUAUGCUGCAGACAGAUAUGGCAGAAUCCGUAUUUACCUCUACUCCUGCCUUGGAGUAGGCUUAUGUGGCCUUGUUGUAGCAUUUGCACCAAAUGUUUAUGUAUUUUUGAUCUUUCGCUUCCUACAAGGUGUAUUUGGAAAGGGAACCUGGAUGACAGCCUAUGUUAUUGUGACAGAAAUAGUUGGCUCAGAUCAGCGAAGGAUUGUUGGAAUUGUGAUACAGAUGUUCUUCACCCUUGGAAUAAUGAUUCUUCCUGGAAUUGCUUACCUGGUUCCCACAUGGCAGGGGCUUCAGCUGGCCGUAACGCUCCCCAGUUUUCUUUUCCUGCUGUAUUACUGGGCAGUUCCUGAAUCUCCACGCUGGCUGCUGACACGCAAAAAAGGAGAAAAGGCAUUAAACAUUAUGCACACCAUUGCCAAGCAUAAUGGGAAAUAUCUCUCACCGUAUUACUCUGAGAUCACAGUUACAGAUGAAGAGGUUAGUAAUCCAUCAUUUCUCGACCUGGUUAGAACUCCCCAUAUGAGAAAAUACACGUUGAUUCUAAUGUAUGCCUGGUUUACAAGUGCCCUGAUUUACCAAGGGCUUGUUAUGCGCCUAGGAAUUAUAGGAGGAAACCUCUACCUAGACUUUUUCAUCUCCGGAGCUGUGGAAUUACCUGCAGCUCUCUUGAUUUUACUGACAAUCGAUCGAAUUGGCCGACGCCUUCCAUUUGCCAUAAGCAACAUAGUGGCGGGAGUGGCAUGCUUAAUUACUGCAUUCUUACCAGAAGAUAUCCUGUGGUUGAAAACCACAGUAGCCACCCUGGGAAGACUGGGAAUCACCAUGGCUUUUGAAAUUGUGUAUCUUGUGAACAGUGAAUUGUAUCCUACAACAUUAAGAAACUUUGGUGUUUCCCUGUGUUCGAGUUUGUGUGACAUAGGGGGUAUCAUAGCCCCAUUUCUUCUCUUCCGAUUAGCAGCCAUCUGGAUGGAGCUACCUCUAAUCAUCUUUAAUGACCUAAGUGCAAAGGGGAGCUGUGUUGCAUCCUUUCAGUGAUGGUGGUUACAUCAGCUUGCGCACCCACACACAUGGAGCUCCAGGAGGCAUUCCAACUGAGUCCCGCUGCAUUUGUAUCCUUCCGAAGGUCUAAGGCCCCUCUAAGGAAGACCCCUCAAAAGCCAUUAAAAAUGUGUUUACUGAUCAAAACAGAGCACUUGCAGCAAUGGGUUUCUAACAUUUUCGGGAUAGUUUUCAUAUGCGACUACCUCUCAUCAGACCAAAUAAACAAAGGGCCACAUUCUCUGCUGUUGGAAGUUAGUAUAGCUCUAUCAAAGUCAACAGAGCAGAUCUGGCCAAAAAGGUGUUUUCCAUGUUAUCUCCCACUUAAGGUCCUGCUUUGCGGGAACAUAGGAAUUGCCAUACUGGUUCAGAACAGUGAUCCAUGUAGUCCAGUAUCCUGUUACCAAAAGGGGUCAGUACCAGAUGCUUCAAAGUUAGGUGCAAGAAACCCUGCAGCUGGAUAAUCUGGUCACAUGGAAUUUUCCUGCUGACUUCCAGGUUGAUUUACUCCCUAGUGCAUGAGGAUUUAUAACCCUUCCAAAAAAUCAUGUUUAAUUUGUUCUAACUCUAGAUAUUCUUGUUAUUCAUAUAAAUAUCUAAUCUUUUUUUUCCCCGAUGAGCUCUUGGUCUCAGUGGUGUCUUGUGACAAUGAGUUCCACAGGCUAAUUGUGUGAGCAAAGUAUUUCCUUUUGUUAGGAAAUCCUGAGUCUGAAGGCUAAAUCAUGUUUUUCUGAAGAGAAACAUGAUGAGGAAAGAGCAGGAGGGACAGAACAUAGAAAAAGAAAGAGAGGUGGAGAAAGAGGAUUUGAAAUACAAAGUAAAAAAGAGAGAAGAAAAGAAAUUUAUUUUUCAAAUUAAUAUUAUUCCAGCCAUAGCAGUAUCCAGAUGUUCUAGUUUACACCUUUGUAUUCAGAAUUUCUGCUUCACUCUGAAGACCUGAUCCUCAACAACACUGUGUAACUGGGUAUAAAAUUAUUAUCUGUAUUUUCAUCAGGCCUAGGAGCCCCAGUCAUUGACCAGGACCCCACUGUGCUAGGUGUUGUACAAACACAGGACAAAAAAACAGUCCCUGCACCCAAAAACUUUACAAUCAGCAUGGUAACAUUUCACACUCACUUUCCAAAAAUGUAAAUGACCAAAUGAGAAGCAAGGCAGGGGAGAAACGGGCCUUCAGCUUUUACUUAGUGUUUUGGGAGCAACUUCAGGUCUUUCUACCCUUUUCUUAUUUUGUACCACAAAACUGUCCUGAGAAUGAGAAAAAUAACAAACCAGUUUUGGUUCUUGUUUUUUUUUUUUCUUCAAUGCCUGUCAUAGGUAUACUUGCAGUUAUCUGUGGGAUCUUAGUGCUGUUUUUACCUGAGACAAAGGGAAUUUCCUUACCAGAGACAGUGGAGGAUGUGGAACAGCUUUCCAG